CAGUGGAAGAGAGAAAUGGACUCUAAACCCAAUUUACUCAUUGGGUCUCUCACUUUCACCACCUCCUCUGAUUUCAAAUUUGAAUACCCUUUUCACUACUCCUUUUGGGUCCCUACGUAGUACGCUCAGCUCUCUUCGCGCCCGCGUCUCUCUCGCCCUCACUUUGACCGCCUCGGUCUCAUCCCCUCCCAUCUUGACCUCACCAUCCCACAUAUUUAAUCCUGACACCCUUCUCCCACAACUUCCAUCAAACACUUUCAAAGCCCAUUCAUUCAGGCAUGGAAAAACCAGCUCAGAGUAGUGAAAACAAUGAUACCGAAUCCCUCGCUGGCAACCUCCAAGACCUAAGCUUGGAUACUAAUGUUAGCAUCAGUCUUUUUAGCAGCACGGUUUCUGGGUCUGAGAACAGUGUGAGUAGCAGCAAUAUGAGCAAUGCCAGCACUGUUGAGGCUCAGAAGAAUGCUGAAUUCGUAGUGGACUGCGAGGAAAGUGACACAAGCAGUUUAAGUUGCGCGAGCAAAUAUAACAGCUUUGAUGCAAACGAAUCCAGCUUUCGGAGCUUUUGCUCGUCGAAGCCUCACAAGGGCAACGAUAUACGAUGGGAUGCCAUACAAUACGUAAAGGCGAAAGAUGGGGACUUGGGGCUGGGAAAUUUCAGGCUAUUGAAGAAGCUUGGUUGUGGGGAUAUAGGGAGUGUGUAUUUGGCCCAGUUAAGAGGAAUGGGGUGUUUGUUUGCCAUGAAGGUGAUGGAUAAGGGCAUGUUGGCUGGAAGGAAGAAGCUGGUGAGAGCUCAGACUGAGAGGGACAUAUUGGGUUUGUUGGACCACCCGUUCCUUCCCACCCUUUACUCGCAUUUCGAGACCGACAAGUUCUCUUGCCUGUUAAUGGAGUUUUGCAGUGGUGGGGAUCUUCACACGCUUCGGCAGCGCCAGCCCGGCAAGCACUUUAGGGAACAGGCAGCCAGAUUUUAUGCUUCUGAAGUUCUUCUUGCGCUAGAGUAUCUACACAUGAUGGGAGUGGUGUACAGAGACUUAAAGCCUGAGAAUGUAUUGGUGAGGGAGGAUGGCCACAUCAUGCUCUCUGAUUUUGACCUAUCUUUGAGAUGCUGUGUGAGUCCCACACUCGUUCAGUCCAGUACAGAACCAUCCUGCCGGAUAUCUGCUUACUGUAUUCAGCCAUCAUGCAUUGAUCCAACCUGCAAAUUACCCGUUUGUGUGGAGCCUUCUUGCUUGCAACCUUCUUGCUUUAAGCCUCGUUUUCUCAGUUCCAAAAUAAGCAAGGUGAGGAGUGAAAAAAUAGCAAAUGCAGAUUCACUUCCUGUUCUAAUUGCAGAACCAACUAGCGCCCGCUCUACAUCAUUUGUUGGAACCCACGAAUAUUUAGCUCCCGAGAUAAUAAGAGGGGAUGGUCAUGGGAGUGCUGUUGAUUGGUGGACAUUUGGUGUUUUCUUGCACGAGUUGCUCCAUGGGAGGACACCGUUUAAAGGCAAUGGAAACCGAGAGACAUUAUUCAAUGUUGUUGGCCAGCCCCUAAAAUUUCCUGACGGAUCUUGUAUCAGCUUUGCAGCAAAGGAUUUGAUCCGGGGCCUGCUUGUAAAGGAUCCACAAAAGAGACUAGGAUUCAAAAGAGGUGCCACUGAGAUCAAACAACAUCCCUUCUUUGAAAGUAUUAAUUGGGCUCUCAUCCGGAGUACUCACCCUCCAGAAAUUCCAAAACCCGUUGAUCUUGCAUUUUUGAGCCACACAGUCAAGACAUCGAUGCCUCCAAAUGACAAAGGUGCUACUGACUCGGAUAGGUCAUCAGGUCCUUACUUAGAUUUUGAAUUUUUUUAACGACUUUUAGUAGCCAAAUGUGGAACAAAAAAACUAAUGAGUUGGAAUAUAUAUAUAUAUUAGGUUGUCAAUGAAAUUUUAUUCCUUUUGCAUGGUUUAAUAA